UACAGGAUAUUACUCACUGCACUCGCUUGACAAAAGGAUACAAGCUGCCAGCCAGCCAGCUUCACGGCUACACAUCCGAUCAAAAAGUCCUAGCCUAGGCUGUUUCUGUCCCUCGAACCACAAUCUGGAUCAGUUGACAGUCCCUCCGACCUUGGUACCUUGUCGCACACGCGCCUGUUGUAGACUUCUACGAGUUCGCCGCCCAAUGCCCAGGUCUGACGUGGGACAGCACGCACCCGCCACACAGCCGUAACCACACCCAAUCUGUCCCUCCUCGAGCCGAACCCGGAUACCGAAGAAGCACAACACGCUGUUUUUCCGUGUGGUAUUGAAUUAAGGGCGUCAUUUGGUCGCCAUGAUGGGUCCUGAUUAUGGAGGCGGUCUGGCUGACGACCAUCUCCAUGGUCAUCCCCCGCCGCCCACCAGCGAAGGCGGCUACCAACUCGACCGCGAUCGACCGAGCAUGAACUCGAGCCCCAACUUUCAGAAUGGUGGUGGCUUUCCAGCGCAGGGCCGCCCCCCAGGUUCUCCUGCUUUGAGUGCCCAAGGCGAGCCCAGGAAGAGCAAUGAACGCAAUAGAUCGAGAGGAAGGGGACGAACCGGCAGUGGACAGUUGCGCAUCUGUAAUAAGUGUGGGGAGCCGUUAACGGGCCAGUUCGUGCGUGCGCUGGAUGGCACUUUUCACCUGGAUUGUUUCAAGUGUAGGGACUGCGGCCAGAUCGUAGCCUCCAAGUUCUUCCCCGCCGAUGAUGAAGAAGGCAGUGGCCAAUACCCUCUCUGCGAAACGGACUACUUCAGACGGCUGGGGCUGCUUUGCUACCAGUGCGGUGGCGCUCUUCGCGGGUCGUAUAUAACGGCUCUCGAUCGCAAGUAUCAUGUGGACCAUUUCACAUGCUCUCUCUGCUCGACAGUCUUUGGCGCUCAAGAUAGCUACUAUGAGCACGAUGGUAACGUCUACUGCCACUACCACUACUCGACGCAAUUUGCCCAACGAUGCAACGGUUGCCACACCGCUAUCCUGAAGCAGUUCGUCGAGAUCUUCCGCAAUGGCCAGAACCAGCAUUGGCAUCCCGAAUGCUACAUGAUUCACAAGUUCUGGAACGUACGGCUCUCGGUGAACCCAGAGAUGGAAGAGCAACGUCCAGAAAUCGCCGACUCCCACAGUCGUGAGCUUGUCAGGUUGGAAGAGGAGGACAUGGAGGAGAAAGUUUACCGCAUAUGGAGUGUCCUCUCCACCUUUGAGGAGUCUUCAGCAGCGUGUAUUUCAGACAUGCUGUUACACGUGAGCAAUGGGGCCUACAUUGACGGUGUUCUUGUUGCAAAGAAAUUCAUACUCCAUGUGGAGAUCCUGUUUCAAGCUGCGGACAAGCUGGAUGACUCGAUGAGGAACUAUGACAUGAAAGGGCUGGCUUACGGACGAGAGGCUAAACUCCUCUGCAAGAAGAUUGUCUCUUUCUUCUCUCUCUUGUCUAAGACCCAAGAUACAGGCGUUCGAAAGCUCGGCGUCACGCAGGAGUUGCUCUCUCUGGUGACAGGGCUGGCCCACUAUCUGAAGCUUCUCAUCAGAAUUUGCCUACAGGGAGCACUCAAAGUUGAGAAAGACCAUCAAUCACCAGCAGGAUUAUACCAAUUCCUUGAAGACCUCAGCGUCAUAGAGGCGGCCAAAAACGAGGACAGCUCGUUGCAGAUCAACGCGGGCAUGACGAAGCUCUCCCCAAACGAGUCGGACCAGUGCAUAUUAUGUCGGAAACCGAUCGAGGAUGAAUGCGCUGUUCAUGGUGAGGAUCGGUGGCACGCAUCUUGCGUCUCGUGUGAGCGAUGUGGCAAGGAAUUAGGCAAGAUCUUGGAACAGGCACGCCUGCAGCGCGACUACAAGAUCCUCUGUGCCAACUGCGACGCCACAUCGCCAGAGAAGGGUCAAACCCUCGAGAGAGUCUCCAAGCUGCAGCAAUAUGUCUUUCUGUUGAAGGUUGCGUUGGCAAGGCUUCUGGACAUGCUUCGGAGUAGCGGGGCCCUCCCGCACACGUCGGAAGACCCUAACCUCGACGGAUACGACGCCAACGACGGCCAGCGGUUGGAAGCUCCCAUGUUGACGGCGGAUUCCCGCUCAAAGUCGUAUGCCGGUGAAGAAGGCCGCCACCAGAGAGAGUCGUCCUAUGAGAACACUCUCAACGAUGUGCGCCGGCUCAGAAGCACACGUCUUGACAAGCACCUAUCCUCGAGUCUUAGGAAGGCUCGAACUUCAAGGAUAAUGGAUGGCCCUGACGGACAUAGUGUUCGACCCGGCUCUUCUGGUGGCGAGAAUGGCACUGCUAGAAACAGACCCAUGCAAAUCGAAGAGGACCGUGAACCUGGUCUAGGCGGCACGGAGCAGUACUUUGGCCAUUCGGAUGCGCUUACCCUUGACGACAUUCCACGAAUAGUUGCCGCGGAACAAGCGAGGGAAAAGCAGCCCAGUGCCUACAACAGAAGCUCGAGACAGGAGCUGUUCAGAUCACCAGCUACCCACCCUAAUUACGCAACAGGAGCUGCACCAGGCCAUCAACGGACUCAAUCUGACGGGAGGGAUGAUACCCGACUUGCCGGUGAGCCUUCACCUCAGAGACCUGGUAGACGGUUCUUCUCCGAGCUCUCUGGACUCGAAUAUUUCAUCGUGCGGCAUGUUGCUGUCCUUACAAUGCAGCCAAUGCUCGACCCUGAUUUCACUCUUGAAGACCUUCUUGGACUUAUCGAAGCACGCAAGGCACCCACCUUCUGGAACAAGUUCGGUAAAGCGUUUGGCAACAAGGACAACCGCAAGGCAAUCAAGAAGAAGGGCGUGUUUGGUGUUCCCCUGGAUGUCAUCCUUGAAAGGGACGGAGCAGACUCCACGGAUGGUGUCGGUCCCGGAGCUCUUCGCAUCCCGGCCAUUAUGGAGGACACAAUUACCGCCCUCAAGAACAAGGAUCUGUCGGUGGAGGGUGUCUUCCGAAAGAAUGGAAACAUCAAGAAGCUGACUGAGCAGGUGGCUUCCGUUGACCGAGACGGCUGUGACGCCAUCAGAUGGAACGAUGAGACGCCGCACCAGUUGGCAGCAUUGCUCAAACGAUACCUACGUGAGCUACCGGAUCCGCUCAUGACCCAAAAGCUCUACCACCUUUGGAUUGCAGCUACCAAGAUUAAAGAUCCAGACAAGAGGAGGCACUGUCUGCAUUUAGCAUGCUGCAUGCUACCGCAGAUCCACCGGGAUUCCCUCGAGGUGUUGUUCAACUUCCUCAAAUGGGUGGCCACUUUCCACCAGGUUGACGAAGAUUCUGGUUCCAGGAUGGAUGUUCACAAUCUUGCUCGAGUCAUGGCACCAAAUAUUCUCUACCUCAACACCAAGACCCCCAGUUUUUCUGACGAGCCGAUGAUGGCUGUGGCUUGUGUCGAAGACCUAAUCCAGUACAAUGAGGAGAUGUGUAUGGUGCCGGACGAGAUAAUGGAUAUUCUCAGUGACUCAUCAUUGUUCAGCAAUAAUGGUGACAUCACGACGAAGGAAAUCCUCAAGCGCAUUGGUGACCGUGGCAAUGGGGCUCAGAGGUACGAUACCGAACUUGUCAACAGACAGGAGAAUACACGACCCAUGGCUACUAGAGUCGAUACCGAUCCUUCACAAUGGCCGCAAGAACGCAGCGUCCGUCACGUUCAAGACGCAGCAGCACCUGUUAGUGCCAACGCUCAAGGAACGCCUCCUUCGAAGUGGCGAGGACCUGAGAAUGGACCGUCUCCUUACACAAAUCAACAACAAGAAAGAAAUGAGAAUCAGCCUGAGAAUCCUGAGAACGGACCGCGUCGGGAGUGGCGAAACUCAGGCGCCUGGGGAAGACAGAACAGUUCCAUCACAACUGGCACAGGCUAAAAACCAUCAUUUGGUUCUGGUAUAUACCGGCAUUUUUUUUUUGCUUUUCCUCUCCGUCUCCUGGAUGGAACGGUGGACUCAAUUCGGGGAUCCACCUACGAGACCACAACUUACUUGACGACAUAGCAUGAUUUGGGUGUAGAGCGG